AUGCAUCCAAAACGUCCCACUUCCACUUCCACUUCCACUUCCACCUCCAGUGUUCCUGGGCAUACAGAAACAUACAACUCACAGCUACUAAAUCGUGAAAACCAUUGGGAAAUAAAACACGUCUGGCUGUCUAUAUAUACUCACGCCCAAAGUAGUCAGGUCAGGUCAGGUCAGGUCAGGUCACAAUGGUGUCAAAACACCACAACAGAACAACAAAUUGCCGCCGUUGCCCUGCCCACUUGUACCAAUAUACCAAUACACCAUCCGUGUUUCUGGGGCUCCCCUCCUCCCUGUCCCAACAAAAACUGCCUAAUGGGAGAGAUCAUCACCGAUCUCAUCUCCAACAACGAAGUCACUCGCUUUCAAAUUUCUCACGUUCUCUCUCUCUCUCUUGGGGAGGGGGAAGGGAGUGGGGUGGAGUGGAGUGGAGUCGGGGGAGGAGGUGUUCCUUGUUGUCACUUUCCCGUUGUUUUCUCCAACAAUGCACAACUUUGUCCAUCUCCCUGCCUACCUGUACUGGGAGUAUGUAUGUAUUCUUUAGAAUUGUUGUAUUGUUGUAUAUUGUUGUUUAUUGUUUAUUGUAUUUUGAGUCACUAUGUACAACGCAACAAUGCAGAAAAAAACUGCUGA